CUCACCCUGCAGAAUCCGUGUGAAUCCUCUGGAUGGCAGGGAGAAGACGGGGGUCUUCUCUUGCAUCUGGAAGUUUGACGAAGGAGAGAGGUCUGCUUUUAGUUCCUGUAUGUUUUGGACAGAUGGAUCCAAUUUCUCAAGGCUGAGGGACGGCUCUGUUGCACAGCUCCUUUGCAAAACGGCAGCAUGUCGGACGGAGCAGCGCCAGUGGCUUCUUCCUAAAUCCAGCCCCCCCCCCCGUCAUGAGGCCAAGCCCCCUUCUGGAGGCCAAGAUGUCCAGGUGGUACAGAGGUCCAGCUGCUGUUCUUCUGUCGGUCUGGACCUUGCUUGCAAUCCUGUGGAUUCUGCAAACUUCGGACCUGGAGAGAGAAGAACAAACCUUUUCUCCCAUAGUACCAAGCCUGACCAGGAGGAGGCGCUAUGCAAUCAACCCACUUGGCUAUAAAUGGGACCAUGUGAAUCUAACUUACAGGAUUGUGCAGUUUCCCAGCACCCUCAACAAGGGGGACACCGAGCGAGCCAUUGCCAGCGCCUUCCGCAUGUGGAGUGAUGUUUCGCCACUCAGUUUCCGGCGCUUGCCCGCCACUCAGCGAGCGGACAUCACCAUUGGUUUCUACACCUUUAACCACACGGACUGCUGGUUCUCACCCACGCAUCCUUGUUUCGACGGACUGAAUGGAGAGCUAGCUCAUGCUUUCCUCCCUCCCCACGGUGAAAUCCAUUUUGAUAACCACGAAUUUUGGAUCCUGGGACGCUCCCGCUUCAGCUGGAAACAAGGUGUCUGGCUAAAUGACUUGGUCCAAGUGGCGGCGCAUGAGAUUGGCCAUGCUCUGGGCCUGUGGCACUCCCGAGACGUCCGUGCCCUCAUGCAUCCGAAUGCCACCUACAGUCGGACAUGGCGUAUCGGCCAGGAUGACGUCUGGGCCAUCCAACGGCUAUACGGGUGUGUGGAUGAGAAGAGGCAAUGCCAGCCGUGGGCCCGGCAGGGCCUCUGUACCCGACAGCGAACCUUCAUGAAAAGGCAUUGUCCCCGGAUCUGCAACGCCUGCUUUGAGCAUUCUGCUGCUGCCACAUCUUCCUCCCCUCCACCACCUUGGCCUUCUCUUGUUCACACUAGAUACGUCACAAAAGGCAGGGCCAUCACCUUUCGUUGUGGGUUCAGCUCUUCCAACAGGCCACACUUGCAAAUCAGCUGGUAUAAAGAUGGGCAGCCCCUCACCCAGUCUGUCCAAGGAUUUGAGCUGCUUCCCAACCAGGACCUGCGCGUUCUCGCCACGGAGUUUAGCGAAGGGCGAUACAGUUGCUUGAUCCGUCGUGGCACCAGGACUCUCCGUGCGAAUUCCUGGCAGAUAAAGCUCAAAGACGAACGACCGUUGCGCCCGACCCUCGGAGCGCCAAAGGGCACCCAAAGGAAAACGGUGAACUGAAGUAAUCGUAGAAAAGGAGCGGUAGAAGGAUCUGUGUAGAGAUUUGUCCUGGACAGAGCAGCAAGGGCUCUCCAUGACCCUUCCCUCUUUUCCCCUUGUGACUAAUUUUUUAAUCCGAGUACUAAUCAUGAGAGUCCCAAGGAAAACAUUUGCAGCCGGAUGUGCGGAUCUGUGUCAACAAACCAGUUCACUUCCCAUCUUCAUCAAGAGCAGGUCUUUUGUCAGGUUAAUAGGUCUUAAUUCAAGACCAUUCAGGAAGUACCCUAAUUACUUGUAAUUACAAAUACUUUGGAAUU